AUGUUCACUGCUACGAAGGAAAAGGAGCCACGUCAUGAAUAUGAGCGACAGGACGAUGAGAAGACAGCUCCGCCUGCGUCGGACAAUGCGACGCAGCCCGCGGACCCCACCGACUUCUUCUACCCUUCAGGCUUUAAACUCGCCCUCCUUCUAAUCUCCAUCUACAUCGGGAUGUUUCUCGUGGCAUUGGAUAAACUCAUCAUCACGACCGCGAUACCCGCCAUAACCAACGAAUUUCACGCAGCGAAUGAUGUCGGCUGGUACGGCACGGCCUACUUGCUGCCCAACUGCGCCUUUCUACUGGUAUUCGGAAAACUAUACACUUUCUUGGAUGUCAAAGCCACUUUCCUGGCUGCGGUCCUACUAUUUGAGAUUGGCUCGGCCAUCUGCGGCGCGGCGCCGAGUUCAAUCGCUUUUAUUAUUGGCAGGGCCAUUGCGGGCCUGGGAGCUGGAGGCGUUCAGUCUGGCGUCAUCACCAUCAUCGUCUACGCUGUUCCGCUCGAGAAACGGCCUCUAUACCAGGGCCUCUUUGGUGUUGUUUAUGGUAUCUCGUCAGUUCUAGGCCCUCUGGUCGGCGGCGCCUUCACCACCAACGUCACCUGGAGAUGGUGCUUUUACAUCAACCUUCCUUUGGGAGGCGUUGUAAUGCUAUUUGUCUUCCUCUUCCUGCAUAUCCCGAGUCGUUCCAAGAACACAAACACUCUGAAGCACAAACUUCAGCAGCUCAAUGCCGAGGGCUUGAUCGCUCUCAUCCCCGGGGUAAUUUGCUUGUGCCUGGCCCUACAAUGGGGUGGUUUCACCUACAGUUGGAGCGACGGACGCAUCAUCGCAUUGCUUGUGCUUGCUUUCGUACUGUUGAUCACCUUCGUCUUGAUCCAAAUCUGGAAGCCGGAGCGAGCCACGGUCCCACCACGCAUUUUUAUCCAGCGUAGCAUUGCCAGCGGCUUCUUCGUGAGUUGUUGCAUUGGCGCGCACCAGACGUUGUUGCUCUACUAUCUUCCCAUCUGGUUCCAGGCUAUCAAGGGCGACUCGGCCGUCGAGAGCGGCAUCCACCUCCUGCCACAGGUGCUUGCUCUUGUUGUUGCGUCCAUCCUCACUGGCGUACUAACAGGCCGCGUCGGCUACUACACGCCCUUCUUGAUCUUCGGCAUUUGCGUCACAGCGGUUGGUGCCGGUCUACUCACCACCCUCGGUAUCGACUCGACGAUGGGCCAGUGGAUCGGUUACCAGAUCCUGUACGGCUGGGGCUUUGGCGCUUGUAUCCAGGCUCCUAACAUGGCUGCUCAAACGGUGCUACCACGCGAGGAAGUUUCUAUCGGGGCCUCACUUAUGCUUUUCGCUCAGACCCUUUUCGGUGCCAUCUUUGUCUCCAUCGGCCAGAACGUCCUCGACGGUGAACUCAGCAGACGGCUCGCCGGCAUUACAACCAUCACCCCCAAACAAAUUGAGAAUGCUGGCGUCACCGGCAUCUUGGAAACUGUCCCACCUCAGCAUCACACGAUAGCCCUGGAGGCCUACAAUGAUUCUCUGCGCGUAUGCUUCCAAGUCGCUCUCGUUGUGUCUUGUCUUUGCAUUCUUGGCGGACUCGGCAUGGAGUGGCGAAGUGUGAAAAAGCAGAAGGAGAAGAAGGACGCAAACUAUGCAUUCUCGAUUAAUCUGACCGGGGCUACGUUUGAUCAGGAGAAAGAUGAGUGUGAGGAUGCAGCCACUGGAAAGAAUGCAGGGUUUUGA